AUGUGGGCACGGGUGAUGUGGCGGGGCCUUCGAGCUCCGCUUGGCGGCUGCCAGGCUUUCACUUCCAAGGCAGGCCCUCAGGUCACGGCUGAGAUGAUAGAACACCUGGAACGUCUGGCGCUUGUGGACUUUGGGAGCCGCGAGGCCGUGGCGAGGCUGGAGAAAGCCAUCGCCUUUGCCGACCGGCUCCGUGGCGUGAACACAGACGGGGUGGAGCCCAUGGAGUCGGUACUGGAGGACAGAUGCCUAUACCUGAGAAAUGACAGUGUGACAGAAGGCAACUGUGCUGAAGAACUACUACAGAACUCCCAUCGAGUCGUGGAGGAGUAUUUUGUGGCCCCUCCAGGUAAUAUCUCUCUGGGAAAGCUGGAUGAAUGA